AUGAAGCGAAUAGAGCUAUUUACAGACCUGUUUUCAAACAACGUUCGACACUUCCCAGUUGCUCAAAAUGGCGUUUCUACACAUGCGGAAAAGACUCUUGGAGCAAUCCCCUCUAGUGAUUUUAAGUCUGUGGGAGAUACUAUUGAAUUACCUCGACCUGUCAUAUCAAAACCGUACAAUUCACUUGAGCAAAACCCCUUCGUCAGAUUGGCAUCCACAUUUCUCAGAGGAGCGACCAGACAAGGAGACUCGGUAGGAAGCUCCAACAGCAUCUUGUCCACACGUUCUAAUCCAGAACCGCUAGACUUCGGCACUAUACGAGAUUUUUUGCCUGGAGCUAAUAACAACUUUGGCCUGAAGAAAGGUCCAGGUGAGGAAAUUUGCACGUUCGGUUCAUACAAUUCCUAAGG